AUGGCCAACCAGAUACCUCCUCGGACUGGCAACCCAGAGAGUGACGCCCAACGUCGACUCCUGGGCCCAAUCCAUGCCGAACGACACGUCCGUAUCAUCUGCGUUGGUGCUGGUGCUUCAGGUCUUCUACUAGCAUACAAGUUGCAACGCCAUUUCCAGAACUAUAGCUUGACCAUCUAUGAGAAGAACCCUAAGAUUUCCGGGACAUGGUACGAGAACAGGUAUCCUGGAUGUGCUUGCGAUAUCCCUGCGCAUACUUACACCUGGUCCUUCGAACCGAAGCCUGACUGGUCUGCCGUGUACGCAGGCAGCAAAGAGAUCAAUCAGUAUUUUGAGGAUUUCGCACAGAAAUAUCAUCUGCACCAGUAUAUCAAGCCUCUGCACGAGGUCUCCGGCGCCUACUGGAACGAGAAGCAAGCUGGAUACGAUGUCCACAUUAAAGACCUCAACGCUGGGACCGAAAUCGUCGACUCCUGCGACAUUCUCAUCAAUGCCUCCGGUAUUUUGAACCAUUGGAAAUGGCCGGCCAUCCCCGGCCUCCACGACUAUAAGGGCAAACUGCUGCACACCGCCAGCUGGGAUGAUAACGUCGAGCUAAAGGGCAAACACGUCGGCCUCAUUGGAAAUGGCUCAUCCGGUAUCCAAGUGCUCCCCACCAUCCAACCACAUGUGUCAAAAUGCACAACAUUCAUCCGUGAGCCAACCUGGGUCUCGCCGGUUCAAGGUCUCGAACAACAUAAGUACACGGAGGAGGAGAAACAGGACUUUGUAGGGAAGCCAGGUGCCCUCACCGAGUACCGAAAGAACGUUGAAUCGGGCCUCAACGCUCAGUUCGGCAUCUUCCUCAAAGGCUCCCAGAUCAACAGCGAAACUAGCGACUACAUGAAGGAGUUGAUGAAAGAGAAGCUCCACAACCAGUUCCUCGAGGAAAAACUUAUCCCGGAAUGGUCUGUUGGGUGCCGCCGCCUGACUCCAGGAGUGGGCUACCUCGAAGCUCUUGGCGAGGAGAACGUGCAAGUUGUGUAUGGCGAGAUCACCAAAGUCACCGAGCGCGGCUGUGUUUGCGACGAUGGGAAUGAAUAUCCUGUUGAUGUCUUGAUAUGCGCGACAGGUUUUGACACGGGCUUCAAGCCUCGUUUCCCAAUCAUUGGACCUGGCGGUGCCAACCUUCAGGACGAGUGGGCAAAACAGGCCGAGUCUUACCUUGGUGUCUCAGCGGCAGGAUUCCCAAACUACAUGUUGUUCCUUGGCCCGAAUUGCCCUAUCGGAAACGGCCCUGUCCUCUCUGCCAUUGAGACUCAAGCUGAUUACAUGCUCAAACUCGUCGAUAGAUGGCAAACCCACAACAUCCGCACCUUCUCCCCAACCAAGGCCGCGAUCCAGGACUUCGUCGCCCACAAGGACUUCUUUAUGAAGCGCACCGUCUGGGCCGAUCCUUGCCGCUCCUGGUACAAGGCCUCUGCGGUCGACGAUACCGUCACCGCACUAUGGCCCGGGUCGACACUCCAUUACAUUGAAGCCAUGCAGGAGCUACGUCUGGAGGACUACGAGAUUGGGUAUGCAGGUAACAGGUUCGCUUGGCUCGGCAACGGUUAUAGUCAAACCGAAUUAGACGAAACGUGCGACUGGGCGUUCUACAUUCGCGAGUAUGACGACGACCUGCCCAUUACCAAGGAUGGGAAGAGAAAGCUCUUGACUAGGAGCGGCACUGUGACUAACCAUAGUGCACCUGUCGGCAUUACUGGCGCCGCUCAGCCCAAGAUCUAG